CCAUGGCAGCCGGUGUCAGCAUACUGAGCGACCUGCCUUACUCCACGAGUGAAGCUCACGCUGAAGAGAUCAGCGCGGAGAUGGAGACAGGUAGGAGAGCUCAGCAACACAAACACAACACAACAUCUUUAUUUGUAUCUAUGCAGUGCAGUGGUAUGGCACAGGACUGUCUAUUUGUCAUUGGUUUCAUGGACGAUAAUACACCUUUUUGAACAUGUUAAAGUGAUGAAGAAGAUAUAGAAAUAAAGACAGAGUGGUAAUUCUUUUUUGUAAAUAAAACAACAAAUGAUUUGUUUGUUAUGUGAACAUUUUGAUGGAGUUGUACACGGAGUGUAAGAUGGAUAAAGUAGACUUCAGAUGAAAGGGGACAACAAACCUAUUGUCUUAUAAGGAUCUUUUGCGUAUGAUAAUUUUACAGGUAAAGAAACACCCGUCCUCUUCAUCAACAUUCAAUCAAAGAAAAUCACCAGGAGUAUUUUAGUAUUGAUGCUGGAUAUUAGUUUGUCAUGAAUAAGACAUCUGUCAUCAUGGAUGUGACAGAUCACUUCCCGGCACCAUAGUUCUGUUUUUGAAUUUUUUUGAUCUUUUUUUUUUUUCAAGACCAUCAGUGAGAUGAUUGGCUAUUUCUAUAUAGUUAUUGUAAAUGCUUUUCAUCGGUGCCACGGGUCAGAUUGGGUGUUGAAAUCAGAGGAAAUGAGGUUCAAUGAGGCGACCUUCCCUCUCACCCACAACAUUUUAUUAUUAUAAUUGAAAAUCAAUCGACAACCUAAUAACUUUUUUCUAGUAAGAUAUGUAAGUGAUGAGUAUCAGUAAUGAAUACAAUGUAUUCAAUACUGGGAUUAAGCAGUUUAUCUUCCAUAACACACCUGUGUGGUGUUCUGUAAAUAUCAAUUAGUCCGGUAUUACCAACUGAUAUUUCCCCUUCUGAAAUAUAAAGUGAGGAGUUAUCCUACUGUUAGCUUAUAAUAAUACUAGAAAUAAAAGUCUUCCACAGGUCCUGAUUGUAAGAUAAUGGGCCAGUUCUGCUGCUCGGUGCUGCCGCAGCCGUCUCUGAUCUGUGCUGUUUGUUGGCCCGCCUGCUGCUCCCACACACCGAGAGCAGCAGCAUCACCUUCUGGCUUCAGUUUGAUGGUGGACCGGCUGCUGAUUGGUUGAGCAGGCUUCAAGCACAGUGCCAGUGGAACAAUUACAAAUUAUUGUCCUAAACAAGUGGAUACAAAUUAUCUCAUUGUUACAGCUCUUUUGUUAUUGAUAUUCAAGUUAAACACAUUGAAAGGGGAACUAUACCUAUUUUCAAAAUGUAUACAUGUUAUUCCUAUGAUCCAAGGCAGUCCAAAACAAAUAUGAGUAAACAUGAGCGACUCUCUCCCAAAUCCCUAAACUAGAGCGCGAACAAAUUUGCGCUGUCAAUCAAUUUAAAAAUAAUCAAUUUCAUUUUGGGAACUUAGAACGAGACAUUUUCGACACAAAAAAUAUCGUUUUAUUUGUAGAAGUGUUGUGUCGUGUGACCUAUUUGUCUUUCGUGACUUCACUGUUUCAAUCUCGCACGCUGUGGGUCCAGUUUCUCUUUUCAUCAACAAGCCGCCCCUCAGAUCUGUGUGAGUUGCAACGUUCGGCCCGUUGCCCGGCGACUUUGGAGACCGUCGUCAUGGUGAUACAUCAAAUGCUGCUGAUGAAACCAAUUGGCCGCCUCCUCUCUAUGCCGACGGGUGAUUUGCCAUGUGAUGAUGAUUAUCCGUUGGCCCAGAGCUGUUGAUCUGGUCGCUUUCCGUUAGUGCAGCGGUGACACGCAGCCGCACCGCAGACGCCACGACGUAGCUGGGGAGAUGGCGGGCAGCUCGCGGUGGCACGACCGCCGGCACUCGGCCUCGGACGUCCUGCUGAAGGUCCUGCAGCGCCGACGCAGCUCUGCCCUGGAGACGCUCUCCUCCUCCUUCCACAGAGUCCUGGUGGCAGUCAGCGUGAAGCAGCCUCUGCCUCUCGCUGAACCCGGGACCAGCCGAUCCAAUGCCAGGGUCCCUACUGCAAAGUACACUAAGAUGGGGGAGACCCUGAGGCACGUCAUCCCCGGUCACAUGCAGUGCUCCAUGGCCUGCGGAGGGAAAGCCUGCAAAUACGAGAACCCCUCUCGCUGGAGCGACGAAGAGCAAGCCGUCAAAGGACUCUACUCGUCCUGGAUUACUGACAACUUGCUAGCUAUGGCAAGGCCUUCCACUGAAAUCAUAGAGAAAUAUAAUGUAAUUGAACAGUUUCAAAGGUGUGGCUUGAAGACGGUCAUUAACCUCCAGCGGCCCGGAGAACACGCCAGCUGUGGCAAUCCGCUGGAGCAGGAGAGCGGUUUCACGUAUCGACCCGAAACCUUCAUGGAGGCAGGAAUUUAUUACUACAACUUUGGGUGGAAGGACUACGGUGUGGCUUCUCUGACUACAAUCCUAGACAUGGUGAAGGUCAUGUCGUUUGCCGUCCAAGAAGGGAAUAUGGCUGUCCACUGCCACGCCGGUCUUGGAAGAACAGGUGUGUUGUUGGCUUGUUACGUAGUCUUCACGUCCCGGAUGAGCGCCGACCAAGCCAUCCUGUUUGUACGAGCCAAGAGGCCCAACUCUAUCCAGACCAGAGGCCAGCUGCUGUGCGUCAGGGAGUUUGCCCAGUUCCUGGUUCCCCUCCGAAGCGUCUUCUCCUGUGCAGAACCCAAGGCGAGUGCCGUCACCCUGUCGCAGUACCUCAUCCGCCAGCGCCACCUGCUGCACGGCUACGAGGCCCGACAGAUGAAGAACGUGCCGAAGGUCGUCCAGCUGGUGUGCGGGCUCCUCAUCGACAUCGCGGCCAACAGACAGGUGGUGAUUGAGGAGGAGUGGUUGGAGAUCCCCGACCUGACAGCCGAGGUGGAGAAGACCGUGUCCCAGCAGGCCCUCCAGCAGCUCGGGAAGGAGAUGAGGGGGAAGGGCAUCCCCGUCCCUCCUUGUUCAUCUAAUCCCCUAGACCAACCCGCUAUGCAGUCCGGACCCCCUCACGAUCAGCCCCCCGUCAGUGACAAUGAGCUGGACCCCGUGUGGAGGAAGCAGGAUGCAGAAAGCCCUCUGAAGUCCUCCCUGUUCAACAACAGAGGACUCAGUUACAGCGAUUCCGUCCUUCACCAAGUUGGACAACGGCAGCACCAGCUUGGGAAUUGGAAGAGUACCAAACCAAUCAGCCACCUGAUCAAACAUUCCUUGUCUCACAGCAACCUGACAGCCUGCAUCCCCCCCCAAUUUGACGACCCCUCUCCUCGGGACAUUCUCUGCAGCAUUCAGGUCCCCGAUAGAGACACAAAGCGAGCCGGAUCCCCUUUAUUAAAAAAGCAACUCCACCAUAGGCAUCAGAGUUUGCCUUUCAACCUGUGCGAGCAGGGAAGAAGACCUCACUGUGACGCAGCGCUGCCAGCCUCAUCAGGCAGGAGCAAAGCGGUGGCCGGCGAGGAGCAAGCGGAUGGGGACGCAUCAGCGGACAGAGGACAUGUCGGAGAGGUCAUCAGCUUCCAGUCUGAGCUGUCUCCAGAGGGCAGACGCCUGCUGGUGGCCAAAGCUCUGGCCAUGGACCUGACGGACAAGGAUUUCACCUCCAAGGUCUCAAUGUGGCAGACGGAGCUGAACUCCAGAGAGGGAGCGUGGGAGAGGCUGUGCGGGGAGAGAGAUCCUCUGGUCCUCUCCGGUCUGAUGUGGUCCUGGCUGGAGCAGCUCAAGGAUCCAGUCAUCAGCAGCGACGGUGUGAAGGCCCUCAGCGAGAAGAACGUCAACCCACACAACGCCCUGGACUCGCUGGAAAAGGGCCACAGACUCACUCUGCUCUGCAUCCUCGACUGUGCUGCACAUCUCCUGCCGAUGCCUGAGGAAGUGGAGGCCAGUUUUCUCAACCAAACAAUAAAAGUGUUUACGAAGAUCGACCCCGCCUCAGAGAAGAGCGAGCAUCUGUACGCGACACUCAAAGAAACCCUGAUCCCCGUCCUUCAUGAGCUGUGCGACAAAGCUGCGGAGGAGAACGAAGACUCCUGAUCCGGGCCUCAGCGGGGCCCGUCAGACGAGACUUUGGGGAAUUAUUGUACUUUAAGCAAAUUCCUCACAUCAGAUACCGCUGAGACCGGCCAAUCUUUAGUCUCUCAAGAUAUUUGAAGACUGCAUAAUUUGAAGGUUUAGUGUUUUUCAUUAUCCUUUGGAAGCUCCUAAAGUCUCUAAGCACUGCCAUCCUUUCUGUUAAUGUGCCACCGUGCUCAGUUUUUUGUUUGUCAUCAUCUUCUAAGUGUGAGCACUAGAUACCGCUUUUAUUGUCGAACCGUUAAGUCGGUAGGGAAACGACGAGAAACGUUCUCACGACGUUAACGUGACGCUAUUUAAACGUGUGACUCGGGCUGUCAAAAAGCUGCCGGCCUUUGACUUCUUAUUUAAACCAAAAUGUUUUUACACUGUGCAGAUGCUACAACGUGUCUUAUUUAUUCCGAUUUAAAACAAGCAGCGAUGGGUUCGCUGCGCGCUCUGCUUAGCUCACGUAGAAUGGCAAGUGUAUCUCUUCAGUCAAAUGCAAACUGUGGCUACUGUUGUGGCGAUGCAAACUCGACAGGCCGCACGGUGCAUUUUUCCAAUCGAUUUUUAUGUCCUCAACACCGCGUGCACCAAAAAAACCCUCGACCGGUUCUGUUCAUGUCUUUGUCAAACAUUGAUCUGCCUCCACUGUUGCAUUUGGCACAGUGCUGCCUGCCUCAACUCCACCGGCCUGUUGCCUGUGUCCUGCUGCUGUGUGUAACGUGGCCUCGCCUGUGUGUGUGUGUGUGUGUGUGCCUCGCCUCGAAUGUCUCGUGUGUGGAUACUAUGUAAUGUUGAUCUUCUGACACGUUCUGAAUGUGGAACACUGAUGGUAGUAAUAAUAGUAACACGAAGGACAUGAGACGUUGUACUGUGGGCAAUUCUUUCAGCAAGCACUAUUUUGGGUACUACUACUUACAUAAUUAAACUCAACUGACUGCAAGCUGUGUUGAAGUGCGUGAAUCUUUUUACAGGCCGUUUAUCCCCUUUUAGGAUGAGCUGCUUUUAUUGUUGGCAUAUGGCUCAGAAGGAAAGGAAAGUGUUGCCUCCUGCUGUUGCCUCCCUAGUCGAACAUCUGAAACAUGAAGAAAGUUGUGCUAAACAGUCAGUCGUUGCUGUAAAGGGGGAUAUAGUUUGGCAGUAAAAGCUCAGUUGUACUUGUGAAAGCAACAUGAUUUGUCUUUACAUCUUUGCAUAUGUCAUUUAUUUAUUAUGAUCAUCAUUGUUGCAGUAUGACACCUCAGCCCAGUAUAUGCUGUAUAUAUCAGGCAUGAAAAUCCCUCACCUUUCGGCGAAAUUCGCCGUUUUGAAACCAAAAUAGGUGACUUACGUGAAUCGUGUAGAUCCGAAGAGUUUUUGUUUUGGGGUGGGCGGUCAAUUGGCCGGCGUUUCUGAGAUUGGAGUGGGACACGGAGAAAAUGUGAUGUGGUGCUCUUCGCAAUAAAACAUCUUUGAUGGGACGUGUCGAGUAUCGGCCAAUCAGCGUUCAGAUGUCUUCAGCGGUUGGUGGUUUAGGUUAGCUUGAAUGUCAGCCCGCUACAUCUGCUGCUGUCACGCUGCACGGUGUAUCGAUACUAACAAAGUACCCGUACGUUAAAAACGAUGUGAUUUAGCAUAUUUUUAGUAUCGAGACUUCAUUAAUCGCGCGCGAUCAGAGCGCACGCGCUGCUCCGCUCUGUGUCAAGCUGUCUGCACGCAUUUCGAGUGGCGAUAAGUGGCGGAAUUUUCGAGUCUUCGGCUUUAAAAAUAUAAAUAAAAAAAGAUGCCAGAAGUGAAA